AUGGGUUUUGAACAAAGCUUCAGUGAAUUACACAUUAGCAGUCAAUCGCCAGCUUCGUACGUUAAGCCCCAUCCAUAUCAGGUGGCGAAUUUGGUAACAACAGAAAUGCGCUUGAAGCGUAUUGCCAAACGGCAAAUGGAUAGUGCCACAAUGUUUAGUCGUCUGCAGGUGAUUAUCGAUCAAAUGGAGGAGACAUUUAGGGCGUCAUCAAGUUGUAAUCAGGUGUCACCGACAAAUCACAUUGCCGGUAGUGAACACAACUACGCCUACACCAACUCUUCAUCGGGAGUGUCAUCGACAACAUCCUCGCCAUCGACUGGCUCCCCAGCUUCUUCAGUGGAUGAACAACAACAACAAAGUCCAAAUGCUGGUAACAAAAGGAAACUCAACGAUGAAGAUUAUCAACAAGAAGACGCCUAUCCUGCAGUGUGCGAAAACUCACACCCAGCCGUAGUUGCGCUAACAUCCAAUGAUGCCAGCCACCACCAUCAAUAUCCCCAACAAAUUGGCGAAGUGGUUAUCUUGGGACCCAAUGGUACACAAAUUGAUGCCAGAUCCUAUAGCAGCAUUAUUUGGUCAUCCUCUGCCUCGGCUACCCGUCAACUUUUGGGCUUUGUUUUUAGCAGCGAUGUCUUGGCCACCCACACACUGACCGGUAAACCUUCGCCAGCAUUUUAUGGCCGCGAAAGACCAGCCAAAAUGCAAUUGGAUCCCAUUAAGGCCGCCGAUAUUAUUCACUGUGUCAAAACGAAGUUCCAUUGCACAGAACGCGAAAUUCGUGCCGCAAUCACAACGAAAUGUUCCGAUACAUCAAAGAAAUAUAAACGGCGUUCAUUGAAACAAAUCGAUGCAGUGAAUAAAAUGUAA